GCCCCCGGCGCGGGCGGCGUUAUGAUGGCGGCGGCGCCCAUCCAGCAGAACGGGACGCACCCCGGGGUGCCCAUAGACCUGGACCCGCCGGACUCCCGCAAAAGGCCGCUCGAGGCGCCCCCCGAAGCCGGCAGCACCAAGAGGACCAACACGGGCGAGGACGGCCAGUAUUUUCUAAAGGUCCUCAUACCUAGUUAUGCUGCUGGAUCUAUAAUUGGGAAGGGAGGACAGACAAUUGUACAGUUGCAAAAAGAGACUGGAGCCACCAUCAAGCUGUCUAAGUCCAAAGAUUUUUAUCCAGGUACCACAGAGAGGGUGUGUUUGAUCCAGGGAACAGUUGAAGCACUGAAUGCAGUUCAUGGCUUCAUUGCCGAAAAGAUCCGAGAAAUGCCUCAAAAUGUGGCCAAGACAGAACCAGUCAGCAUCCUACAGCCCCAGACCACUGUUAAUCCAGACCGCAUCAAACAAACAUUGCCAUCUUCCCCAACUACCACCAAGUCCUCUCCAUCUGAUCCCAUGACCACCUCCAGAGCCAAUCAGGUAAAGAUUAUAGUUCCCAACAGCACAGCAGGUCUCAUAAUAGGGAAGGGAGGUGCUACAGUGAAGGCUAUAAUGGAGCAAUCAGGGGCUUGGGUGCAGCUUUCCCAGAAACCAGAUGGGAUCAACUUGCAAGAGAGGGUGGUCACUGUGAGUGGAGAGCCCGAACAGAACCGCAAAGCUGUCGAACUGAUCAUCCAGAAGAUACAAGAGGAUCCACAGAGUGGCAGCUGCCUCAAUAUCAGUUAUGCCAAUGUCACAGGUCCCGUGGCCAAUUCCAAUCCGACCGGAUCUCCUUAUGCAAACACCGCGGAAGUGUUACCCACGGCCGCGGCGGCCGCGGGGCUGUUAGGACACGCCAACCUCGCUGGGGUCGCCGCCUUUCCGGCGGUUUUGUCCGGCUUCACGGGCAACGACCUGGUGGCCAUCACCUCUGCACUUAAUACGCUAGCCAGCUACGGAUAUAAUCUCAACACCCUAGGGUUAGGCCUCAGUCAGGCGGCAGCAACGGGAGCUUUGGCUGCAGCAGCUGCCAGUGCCAACCCAGCAGCAGCAGCAGCCAAUCUGUUGGCCACCUAUGCGAGUGAAGCCUCGGCCAGCGGCAGCACAGCCGGCGGCACGGCGGGGACAUUUGCAUUAGGUAGCCUGGCUGCUGCUACUGCUGCCACCAAUGGAUAUUUUGGAGCUGCUUCCCCCCUAGCUGCCAGCGCCAUCCUAGGCACAGAGAAAUCCACAGAUGGAUCCAAGGAUGUAGUGGAAAUAGCCGUGCCCGAAAACUUAGUGGGCGCCAUCCUUGGCAAAGGAGGGAAAACGUUAGUGGAAUACCAGGAGUUGACUGGUGCAAGGAUACAGAUCUCCAAAAAGGGAGAGUUCGUUCCUGGCACGAGGAAUCGGAAGGUAACCAUUACGGGAACACCAGCCGCAACACAGGCCGCACAGUAUUUAAUCACACAGAGGAUCACAUAUGAGCAAGGAGUGCGGGCCGCCAAUCCCCAGAAAGUGGGCUGAGCUCCCUCGCCCCCGGCCCCUUCCCUUCCCGCCCCGCUCC